CGGAAGCGGAACUGGGCGGUAUUUCCGGCGCUCUGCGGGCGGCCAUGUUGGAGCGGAGAGUGCGGCGCAGAGGCGGGUGCGGGUCUGGCGGCGGCCGGUGCCUAGGGUUGUUUUUCCAGUAAUUUUGAAGCACCCGAUUGCCUAAUGCCAUGAAUAUUGCAGUGAACAAUGUGGAAGAAAAAGCUGUCCAUUCCUGGUCGAGAAUUUACUCUGCAGGACAAAAAGUGCUGGAGGAAGCCCUCCGAGUCUUCAAUCCCAUGUCGAAGGACCUUUCAGACACAGAAACCCAGCUGGUGGCCUUCAUUCAGGGCCUCAAGGAAGAGGGCUUCCAGCCCACAAUUCUGAGGAGCAAAGAUGUGUAUGGGUACAGCUCGUGCACAGCAGACACACCUAGCCAGGCAAAAGGGAGCACGCCGCACAGCUGUGCUGCUGCCACCACCUCCAGCCCCCCUAAGACUCCAGCUAGAAGCACUGCAGCCAUGGCGAGGGCAUCUGCUUCCCCCACCAGCAUUUCUGUGAACUCUUCGAGAGUCUCCCCGCCAGUCUCUAAAGGUGAUUCCACAAAUCUGCUGCUGAACUCCUUUAAGCAGACCAGGUCGGGGAAGUCCAAGGCCCCAGCAGUGGGCUUUCCUGCAAGCAUGUAUCCUGAUGUGUGUCCGGCAGUGAGGCUCUCUGUGGUUCUGGAAGCUCUGGUGCCACUGAAAACCCCCACAUCCUGUUUGAAAUCCAAGUACGGACGUGGGCCUCUUGGGGUAUCACCCUCGGACCUUAAACUCCUUAAGGUUUCAAGCCAGACAAGGCAAUUUUCUUCAGGCAAGACCACUAAAAUAAGAGAAGGCAGGCGAUGUAAGCGUGUGGGAAAGAAAGCACCGGAUUCUGCCACCCUCGCUUUAAAUCUUCUGAAGGGACUAAAGGGUGGAGUGCUGCAGGAGAGCAAUGCUUGCAAAGCCUCAGGAGUCCUGAACGGAAGAAUUGCAGGCAGCUCCUCCCAAGGCUGCACCACAGCACCGCAGUCCAAGGCCUUGAAAAUCAAAGCUAAGGAAGCUCCGGUGGGGAAAGCGGAGUGGAAAGAUAACAGCACUUACCAGGAGACUGUUGGGAAGAAGAGGAAAAGAGUUGCAGAGGCGAGAGAUGCGCCGCAGAGAAAAAAAUCAAAAUCCAUUCCUGUCCAAAAUAAGACUCGACGAGCUCGGAGCACUUUGAACCUGCUGAAAUUUUGGGCCAUCAAGGUGGGCAACUCUUCUUCCGACGAUGAAGUGAGAAGAAGAGCACAGAAGAUUCUUAGAGUCAACCUGUCCCCUGUGAUCCGAAUUCAGCCCUUGUCCCACUCUCACAGCGUCCCCUGAGUUUCUUCACUUGGUCACUUUUUGUAAGUAAAUAUGAUCCUGGCACCGGAGCGUGGUGAAGUUUGAGAGCAACUUUGGAUUUCUGGUGCUUGGUGACUGUACAUCGACUAACCUGCAGACGGAGCAGCCUGCUCUUGUGCUGCUUCUGGCUGUCCACCACCACCACUGUGCAGAACUGGCUGCACGAGUACAGAACCGUGUUUAGGAAUACGGGAUGGUGCCUUUGGCCCACCGUGAGCCAAGCAGGUCAGAGCGCCCGCCUUCUCUGGUCUCUCUUCUAAAUGUGGCAGGCUGUGCUCUCACUGCAGGGUCAGAACACAUGACUUUCUCAUGACAUGGAUGCACUGUGAUAUUGCUCUUUUUCAAGCUGUACAUUUACUGGUUUUAUUUUGAUCAAAUUUUAUAACUUUAUAUAUCCAUAUAUGUGCAUAUAGCCCAGGAACUGUGGGAAGAUGCACUUCCUCCAUCCCUCUGGGAUUGGGUUCGAUAGCUUUUGUUCCCCCUUCCUGUCAGCCAGUCUUUUGUUGAAGGUGCUGGGAUUUCGUUGUGUUUCAGUGUUGUGGCAGUCUGAUCUGGGUGCUCUUGGAACAGCUCAGAAGCAGGCAGAGUUAUAACCACUUGAAAAUGCCAAGCAGUCUGGAGAAUUACCAGCUGGUAGUUGGUACUGUCGUACCUUUUUUAUCCUCGAGAUGAUACUUUUGGUAUUACCUCUGCCUGAAAGUGGGGGAGUGCUACUGCGCUGUCGCUUGCAAUUUUGCUGGAUGUUUCUGGGUGCUUCCUCUAUUAAUUGUAACAGGAGCUCUGAACUCAUCUAGAGGGUUUGCCUCCAAAGAGCAAUCCUACUGGAGCCCACUGUUGUUCCCCCCUCUCGUACCUCUGUUGCAAAGGUAGAAAAUGAGCCGUGACUGUUACAGCCUUAGGGCUGGAGUUGCUGAUCGGAGUUGCUUGAAGUGCCCUGCCCAUGAUGUAGCUACCGUUGCUGGACACGUCAGGAGCAGGUUCUAGGUGUUGGUAGAGAAGAUGCCCGCUGAGUCUGAAUGUAUUAGAUAAAGCUCACCUGUCUCAGAGUUCAGUGGCAUCUGUGAGCCUGAAUCACUGAAGAGAUGGAUUAUUGAAAGGUAUAUACCAGCACUUACGUGUGGAGAGUUUGUGGGGAUGUCUGUCAGUUUGUGGGGAUGAAGCAAUAGGAGGGGAGAAUCACUGCAUAAUGAUGGAUAGCAGCUUUGCCAACCUCUGGGAUGUUGGGAGAAGGUAUGAGGCAGGCGUGACAGCUCAGCAAAGGCUCUGCUGGUCCCCAGGAGCACCACGUGCCACUGCAGCGGGCUGUGCUGCUGCCUGUGCCGGGGCAGGCUUGGUUCGAAGCUGAGUGAGCAGCACACAGCAGCUGUAGGGACGGCACACGGGCAUGUACACAUGGCUGUGAUGGGAUGUCAGUGGGGUAUGGCAGUCUGGCAGCCCGGGGAGAGGCAGUAGUGCCUGGCUGUUUGCCGUGCUGCGUUCAGGUCUCUGCAGCAGCAGGCUGGUAAUCCACUCAUUCUCUCACCAGCUCAAAAUACUUUGUCUGACCUAGUAAUCUCUGGGGACAUUGGUGGAAGGGAUGAGCUCUCCAGGGAAGCCACAGCUUCUUACGUGUCAGCUCUUCUCUAGCACCAGUCUGGAUUUCAGUGCUUAAUAAAAGGGGUUGGUGUCUGAUCGCCAGCUCAGAGAGCAAAACUGAGGUGGGGAGAGGAGAAAGGAGUUUCACUAGGGAGUGAGAGGGCAGAGGAGCUGGUGUUCUGGGGCACAGCUCGGGCUCAGCUCUCACCCUCGGGAGAUAAUGGCUGGCCCUGCAUCACACGCUCUGCUUCCUGGGCAGUUUGACUGUGUGCAGCUGACCUGCUGUCAGACAUCAUAACUUGCAGUGUUCAGGACUGACCUGUGAAUGCCGCUGGUUGGCUGCAGAGCAGGAGGAAUGUUUUCUUCUCCUGUGCCCUGGCAGAGAAUCCCCUUUCCUGACAUGUUCUGGAUGAACAAGAACCCUCCAUCACUGCUAACUGGCCAGAAAUUACUUUGUCCCUUUUGUUCCCACCCCUUCAGACCUUUCUCAUUCCCACGCUCUCAAAUGCCAGGUCUCAAAGUCCUGUGCUGGAGUUUCUCUUUCUGGCAGUGUCCCAGGGAGGGCUCUGUGGUAUCGCUGCUCUCGUGGCUCCUCUGUUCCCAGCCCCAUAUAAGGGCACCAAGAGCUGUCCUGGAGCUUCUUUGUGCAGCACGAGACCUCCCAGCAGUGUGCCUGGGUUCCACUGGGAAAAGCAGUUGCUCAUCCACAGGGC